UUUUGGAGAGCUCCCCACUGCAAUACAAUGAGCUUGUAUUAAAGUUAAAGUAAAAGUACCUCCUUUGAAAUGAUUUAGGCCUACAAAUAAUAUGUUGUGAUGAUGAUGAGAUUAACUGAAAUCAUUCUCACAGUGUCAAAACGUUUGUGAUCAUUUCACCCAAAUAAUAUGAAGUAAUUACAACUAUUGAAAUAAUGACAACAAUCGAGUUUAUCUGAUGCGUUAUUUCUGUAUCAAGUAAUAAGCUAUUUAGUGCUUGGAACAUAAAAUGUAUGAUGAUGCAUAUUUCAUCGCCUCAUUAAUCACAGUCAGUCAGUCGUCUCAGCGACUCAACUUCAAGUGUCUCAUGUCCAAUUAGGACUUGUUUGGGUUGCGCUUCAGGGCACCACAUAUCCCCACAGUAUCGGGAUUUCCUGACGCAGAGCUAAAGUUUAGUCGGCGCCCUAUCCACAUUACACAUUGCUUUACACUCAGCGCAGGCAGAGGGAGAGGGCGAUUUGCGAGUCGGUCUUUGCAAACCUGCCGUUCACAUCGCAAGAGGGUUAACCAUGGCUCCAACUCAGUUUUGCACACACACACUUUUGUGUUUUAUUUAUUGCUCGUUACUCAUAAGUAGUGUGUUUUGCGACGCCGAAGCCGAAGAAGAUGAACAUGCCAAGCACUCGUACACGGUAGAAAUGUUCAACGAUGCUGUGCCUACUGCUCCACACUUUGUCAUGUUCUAUGCUCCUUGGUGCGGCCAUUGCCAGAGGCUCCAGCCUGCAUGGAACGAACUGGCUGACAAAUACAACAGUAUGGAGAAGCCUCCAGUCUACGUGGUUAAGGUGGACUGCGUCCUGGACACCAAAUUCUGCUCCAAAGACCACGCUGUCAGGGGUUACCCAACUCUGAAGCUGUACAGGCCGGAUCAGGAGGCCGUGAAGUACACGGGCCCCAGGGACCUGCCGUCUCUGGAGACAUGGCUGCUGAAGACCCUCCAGGACGAGCCUGAGGAGCCAGAGAGCGAGCCAGAACCUUCAGUGGCCCCGGAGCCCAAGCAGGGCUUGUAUGAGCUCACCGUCAGCAACUUCAAAGCCCACCUCGCCAAAGGAGCCCACUUUGUCAAGUUUUUCGCCCCGUGGUGUGGCCACUGCAAAGCAAUGGCUCCUACCUGGGAGCAGCUGGCCACAAGCUUCGAGCACUCUGAAGAUGUCAAGAUCGGCAAGGUGGACUGUACUCAGCACUACGAGGUGUGCUCUGAGAACGCCGUGCGCGGAUACCCCACCCUGCUGUUCUUCAGCAACGGGCAGAAGACAGAGCAGUACCGGGGCAUGCGGGACCUGGACUCCUUCAAGGAGUUUGUGAAUAACCAGGUGAAGGCAGCCGCCGCCGCCGCCGCCGCGCAGCCAGAGGCCGCGGACCCGUCUGACAACGAGGUCCCCACAGACCCCCCGGCCCAGGAGGUGGAGGCCGAGGUGGAGGUUAAGUCCGGAGUGUUGACCCUGACGGAAGGCAACUUCGACGAGACGGUAGCCAAGGGCAUCUCCUUCAUCAAGUUCUACGCUCCAUGGUGUGGUCACUGCAAGAACCUGGUUCCCACAUGGGAGGACCUGUCCAAGAAGGAGUUCCCCGGCCUCACCGACGUCAAGGUGGCCAAGGUGGACUGCACCGUGGAGCGCACCCUCUGCAACCGGCUCUCUGUGCGCGGCUACCCUACCCUGAUCAUGUUCAAAGCCGGUCAACAGGGGGAGGAGCACCACGGUGGGAGGGACUUGGAAAGCCUGCACUCCUUUAUCAUGAAGCAGGCCAGAGACGAGCUUUAGGACGGCCCAAUCAGCACUUGCCAUUCAUCACUUUGCCCCGCCCACACUGCAUUUCUGGACAUUGGGACCCACCCUCCCGUCUGCUGCCCCCCCCCCCCCCCCCCCCCGGCCAACUAUCCUUCGGCAGCUCCCUGUAAUCAUUUCACUCCUCAGAAGUGGAGUGUGGCUCUGUGACGGACUGCUACAAACUGUUUAUUUGAAUUCUUAGGUUUAUUUGUUUCACCCCUGGGAUCAAGGGCAGUUUGAUUAAGUAGUGUGUUUCGGGGUGGGAUCUGUAUUUCUCUACUGUUAUCUGAAGGAAUUAGUUUGCCCUUGCAAGCUACAUUAGUUUUUUUAAAGAACCACUUUGCUGGCAAGUACUUAAUCAACCAUAACCUCUCAAAGUGGUGAUUAAAAGAAACUUUUGUCCCGGAAAGUGAACACUCUUCAAAGCCGGUAUUCAAAGGUUCUAUCUUGCCAAUAUGAAAAUUAUAACUGACGUUUCUGAAGACCUUUUUUUUUAUAUUAAAUCAAUUUUUCUACAA